AUGGCACAACAUCGCAAGCACGGCGACUUUGUUAGGGUCGGACCGAAUCACAUCUCCAUCAAUAACCCUGAAGCAGCAUUGGAAAUCUACGGCCACAAGUCAGGUUUUCUCAAGAGCGAUUUUUACGAUGCAUUUGUGCAGGUGAAGCCUGUAGUGUUCAAUACGCGCGAUACAGAAGUUCAUCAGAGGAAGAGGAAAUACAUGAACCCUGCAUUUUCAGCUCGUGCACUCUCGGCGUUCGAACCGUAUAUGGACAUUGAGCUGCUGAGUUGGAAGAGGCGCCUUCUGGACAUGACUGCUGCUCAGGACUUCGCAGAUAUAGAUUUUUCGGUAUGGAGUAGUUUCGCAUUUGGCAAGUCUUUUGGAUUUAGCGAAAAGGGGCACGACCCAUAUGACUUGAUCAAGACCAUCGACACUCGUGGCGAAGUCCUCACUGCACUCGGUGCACUCCCAUCCUGGAUUCGGCCAUGGAUGAGGUACAACUAUUUCGACAGUUUUUGGAGCAAGGGACUUCGAGCAACUACGAACCUAGAAAAGAUAGGUCGUGAGGCGUUUGCAGAGCGAAAGUCGAAUGAGCAGCCACGGAAAGACUUCCUCAGUUACCUAUUUUCGGCCAAGGACAAUGUUCCUGAGACAGAAAUGGUGGCCGAAUCGAUCAGCUUUAUUGUCGGAGGAAGUGAUACGACGAGUAGCACAAUCACAAACUUUGUUGAUAUCGUUUCGCGCGAUAAGGUCUUGCAAAAGCGACUUGUUGAGGAAAUCGACACGUUCUACCCUGGGGAAGUAGACGACAACUGGAUACCUUCAAACGAGGUUGUCAGCCGAAUGACAUUCCUGAAUGAAUUGCUGCGCGAAGUCAUGCGAGUGCGCCCAACAAGUGCGACAGGACUGGAGAGAGUGACUCCUGCAGGCGGCAAGACCAUUGCAGGGCAGUAUUUACCUGAAGGAACAAUUGUCAGCGUACCGACCUGCGGUCUCCUGACUGACGAACGGAUCUUUGAAGAUGCGCAUGAGAUCAGAACGCAGCGCUGGCAAGAGAACGACUCAAACAAGCUGCUGGAUUAUUUCUUGCCAUUUUCCGUCGGUCCACGUGCAUGCAUUGGCAGAAAGUAA